AUGGACCGUAGCGGCACCGAGUCUCUGUCAUCUCACGCACUACCUGUGCCCACUGAGCAGACUUUUGGCAUGAAUGACCAUUCAAGCCAGCACUACCACGCCGUGGAAGCACUUUCAUCGAAUGUGCUGCCCUCAACGCGCGAUCGAAUCGCACCGCCGGAGCCACAGGCGAAGCCGCCCUCGACGAAACGUCGUAAAAUCAACACAUGCUUUCCCUGCAAGCAACGCAAAGUCAAGUGCGAUCGUCAGCAACCAUACUGUGGACAAUGUCAGAAGCACCGCAUCCCUGCCGAGCGCUGCGUCUGGUCCUCUGAUAUGACACUGCCUCCGGACAUGCAGAGUGCCGCUGCAGCGUCUGCAGCACUUACAUACACCAAGCCGGACGCCUCGCAUGCGCCGAUGGGUCUCGGUGCGGGUGACUGGGCUGCCAGUUCACAAGGCACAGACCUUGCACUCGAUAAUGAUACGCGCGCCGUCAUUGAGCGCAUCAGCCAUCUUGAGCAGCGCCUUACGACGAAUACAGCAUCUCAGCCCACGUCGCACGACCUGCCAACAAGUUCAGCGGGCCAAACACAGAUUGACCCCAUACUGCUCGCCGGCACUGGCUUGUCGCUGGGCGACGUCAACGCCGAUCGAUCAACAGCCACAAGUCUGCCUCAAGACGCUGCGGUUGCGGCUGAGCUCGCAUUCUGGCGUUCAAAAAUGGAACAGCAGCACCAGCGUCCCCCACAUUCCAGCGAUGCCGCACAAAUGACUCAAAUGCAAGCAGAGCAAAACAUCGCUGCAGAUGCGCUUGCUAUGUUCGCACGUCAUAGUCAGCAAAACUCCCUGCCAGGCAGUGAGCAGGCGAUUGCUCGCCCAUCUGCCGUGUCGUCCGGCGCAGACACCCUGCCACGCCACAAUCUUGUGCACGCUUUCCUCGAUAAUACCACAUUCUCCGUGAAUAGUGCGACGAGCCGCGUGCGUGCUGCCCUGGACUUGCUGCCUGAUACCCAGCAGACUGAUUACCUUCUAAAAAUUCUUCAGACUGUCGACUUGCACGUGUCGUACGGCAUAAGCUGGCGUCUCGUGAGGACGCAGCUCGCCAAUCUCCGCACACUGCUUGCUAGUUGGAAUCGCAUGCAUGCUUCCGUACCGCCGGAACAGCUGGAUUUGUCGUUUUUGGCCCUACUGCUCACACUGCUUGGCACCGCCGCACAAUACACAGAAGCUCGCUUCUUUAUCGAACAGGGAUUCUGCACAACGCCUGAGCAGAUCGAGCCGUUCGUUGACUCAUGGAUCGAUUGCGCACAGUCGCUUCUAGCCACUGACGACUUCGUUAGCAAGACAAACUGGAACCACCUUGCCACGCUUCUGCUAUUUGUGGAUCACCAUGCUGUACGUGGCCGUCUGCAAGUUUCGCUCGUCGCUAUGGCGACGCUCAUCCGCCUUUGCGAGCAGCAAGGCUACCAUGUUCUCGGCUCAGCCACCGACGAUGAGCGCCUUUGGUGCCAGUCGCCUGCGUCAAGGCAAGUGCGUGUGUCACCUGUGUCAUCGUCUGCACGUCCAGGUGUCUGGCUUCGUCCGUCUGCGGCGUCAGUCAGUUUGCCGGAUCGCUCGCAUCUCGUGCGGGAAGCAGCUCGCCGCCUCUGGAUCAGAAUCGCUUGCAAAGAUAUGUUGCUUGGUACCGUGAUUCACCGCACCACCCAAGUCGAUCCAACCUUUGCUACCACUGCGCCACCGCUCAAUGUCGAUGAAGACGAUUUACCCGACGGCGAGACGCAUGUGCUUUCGUCAAUUCAAGAGGCCGGCCGCGCUACAAUGAACAAUCUUACGCCUUACAUAUACCAAAUUGCAGAUCUCGGGCGCCAGUGGGGCUUGUUAUUGUACUCGCGCCAGCUCACAUAUGCACACGUACUUGAAUUCGACGCCAAAUUCCGUGGCCUGCUAUCUUCGCUUCCAGUAUAUCUACGUCCAGACCCCACUCUUGAGCAACUACCCGAGGUACGCCAAGAGCAAGCUCGGCAUCCUUAUUUAGCCAUGCAUCGUCUCAUUGUUUUUGAGGCUGUCAAUCAACGCCUGCUCGUGUUGCACCGGGACUUUCUUUGCCGCGGUCAUCAGGACGAGAAACACGCAUACUCAACACGCGUCGCUGUGGAUGCAGCCCGUACCAUCCUCUCCUGUCGACAGCAGAUUGACAAUGUGCAUCCGGCCGUUCAGAAACACGCCGCAUUUCGUCACCAUCUAUUCCAGGCAGCUAUUGUUCUUAUGUUGCAUCUGUUGGCAUUCCAUAACAAAGCGCAGGGCUCGUCCCAAGUGGCGCAUCAGCUCCGUGACGACAUCUCGCUUAUAAUCAACUACUUACACAGCACUGGCGAUCCUUCCACAUCUGUACCUAUUGCGCAAAAAGUCGCACUGAAACUUAUUGACCUGCUCUUCGCCGAAGCGCAUACACGCGCCGACAGGAUCGAAUCGGGAAUAUCGUCAGACGAUAAGGCUGUGACUGAGAGCACAGCUUCAUCCACCACAUUGUCUACGAUUGCGAUGGAUGGAGCCAACUCAAGCCAAUUGUUCCCUGCCUUAGGCACUGCACCACCGUCCACACCGGACCACGUGUCUGAAACAGCCGCCUCUUUCUCGGCGCAGCUUUUGCAUCCGGACUUUGGGAAUCGCGACGAUAUUUCAGAGAUAUUUGCGUCUCUCGACGAGCUUAUGGUGCCAAUAUAUUAG